AUGCACUCGGGUGUUACUCCCCGAGGAAGUUGGAGGAAUCCAAAAAACUUGACCAAAAUAGUUUGAGCGGCAGAUAAAGUCUGCAGAGAGCUGAGGAGACACUCCUGAACCAGGCUCCGGCUACUUCCUGCUUCACGCGUUCACUAACACACAGUCGCUCAGGUACCAUGGCAGAACGGGUGCUGGUGGUUGGCAGUGGCGGACGGGAGCAUGCACUGGCCUGGAAGUUGGCCCAGUCGCCACAGAUUCAGCAAGUUCUGGUUGCUCCGGGUAACGCAGGCACAGCCGGCUGUGGGAAGAUCAGCAACUCUGAGGUAUCGGUGAGUAACCACACCAUCUUGGCUCAGUUCUGUAAGGACCAUCACGUGGGGCUGGUUGUGGUCGGACCCGAGGUGCCGCUGGCAGCCGGUAUCGUGGACGACCUGACGGCAGCGGGAGUGCCGUGUUUCGGCCCCUCUGCCAAAGCAGCGCAGUUGGAGGCCAGCAAGAGCUUCUCCAAGGCUUUCAUGGAGCGCCACGGCAUCCCCACGGCCCGUUACGGCUCCUUCACCGACCCCCAGGAGGCCUGCAAAUACAUCCGCACCGCCGAUUUCCCUGCGCUGGUGGUGAAGGCCAGCGGUCUGGCAGCCGGGAAGGGAGUCAUUGUGGCGAGAGACCAGGACGAGGCCUGUCGGGCUGUGAUGGACAUCAUGAAGGACAGAGCGUUUGGAGCUGCGGGGGAGACGGUGGUGGUCGAGGAGCUUUUAGAGGGAGAGGAAGUGUCUUGUCUGUGUUUCAGCGACGGCUCCUCAGUGUCUCCGAUGCCUCCAGCGCAGGAUCACAAGCGGCUGCAGGACGGUGACCACGGGCCAAACACCGGCGGCAUGGGGGCCUACUGCCCCACCCCUCAGGUCAGUCAGGAGCUGCUGCAGCAGAUCAGAGAGACGGUGCUUCAGAAGACGGUGGACGGGAUGAGGGAGGAGGGAGCUCCUUACGUGGGUGUGCUGUACGCAGGGCUGAUGUUGACCAAGCAGGGGCCAAAAGUGCUCGAGUUCAACUGUCGCUUCGGAGACCCUGAGUGUCAGGUGCUGCUGCCCCUGCUGAAGAGCGACCUGUAUGAAGUGAUCUUGAACACCAUGAAUGGCAAACUGGCCGCUAACGCCCCCGUGUGGCACCAGAACAGCUCUGCGGUCACGGUGGUCAUGGCCAGCGCCGGUUACCCCGGCUCCUACAAGAAAGGAGUAGAGAUCACAGGUUUGUCCAAGGUUCAGGAAACGGGGCUGCAGGUUUUCCACGCUGGCACAGCCCUGAAGGAAGGGGGCGUGGUCUCCAGCGGCGGGCGGGUCCUGACAGUCACCGCGGUCAGUUCGUCCCUGGAGAUGGCCUUGCAGGCGGCCAAUCAGGGCGUGGCCGCCAUUGGCUUCCCGGGCGCCGUGUACCGCCAUGACAUCGGGCACUGGGCCAUCGCUCACCUGAACCAACACAGAGGUCUCACCUAUAAGGAGAGCGGAGUGGACAUUGCUGCCGGUAACAAGCUGGUGGAGAUGAUCAAGCCUCUGGCCAAGGCGACUUCUCGCACUGGGUGUAAUGCAGACCUGGGGGGCUUCGCUGGGCUUUUCGACCUGAAGGCAGCAGGAUUUGUAGACCCCAUCCUGGUAUCUGGGACAGACGGAGUGGGGACUAAGCUGAAGAUCGCUCAGGCGUGCGGGCAGCACGGCGGCCUGGGUCAGGACCUGGUGGCCAUGUGUGUGAACGAUGUGCUCGCUCAGGGCGCCGAGCCGCUCUUCUUCCUCGACUAUUUCUCCUGCGGCAGCCUGGACGUGGAUGUGGCAGCCUCCGUGGUCGGCGGCAUCGCGAAGGCCUGCGAGAUGGCGGGCUGUGCGCUGCUGGGAGGCGAGACGGCAGAGAUGCCGGGCGUCUACGCUCCAGGCGAGUACGACCUGGCUGGGUUCUGCGUCGGAGCAGCGGAGCGCGGAGCCCUGCUGCCCAGGACGGGGGACAUCGCAGAGGGGGACCUGCUGAUCGGAGUGGCCUCCUCUGGAGUGCACAGCAACGGUUUCAGCCUGGUCCGCAAAGUCCUGGAGAAGGCCCACCUCAGCUACACCUCCCCAGCUCCCUUUGGCAAACAGGGACAUACUGUCGGGGAGGUUUUGCUCACACCAACAAAGAUCUACAGUCGCCUGCUGCUGCCAAUCCUACGCAGCGGUGCCGUCAAAGCCUACGCUCACAUCACAGGGGGUGGACUUUUGGAGAACAUCCCUCGGGUGCUGCCCCAGGAACUGGCAGUCGAUUUGGAUGCAUCUCGAUGGAGCGUCCCUCCAGUGUUUUCCUGGCUCCACAAAGAGGGGGGUCUGAGCGAGGAGGAGAUGGCCCGCACGUUCAACUGCGGCCUGGGGGCGGUGCUGGUGGUCGCCCCCCUGGAUGCUCAGAGGGUCCUGCGCCAGCUUCAAGCCCACGAAGAGGCCUGGAUUGUGGGUUCACUGGCCCACAAGCAGCUGGGGGCGGAACUAGUGGUGGUCCGUAACCUGAAACACAGCCUGCUGAAUGCAGGAACAGCCUCCGGCGGAGAGUUGGGGAUUGAGCAAAACAACGGUUGCCAUGGCGACAUCAGCACACCACGCAAGAAGACAAAAGUAGCUGUUCUCAUCUCUGGCACAGGCACCAACCUUCAGGCCCUGAUAGAGCAGGUCAAGCGUCCGUCCAGCGCCGCAGAGAUUGCGGUGGUCAUCUCCAACAGGCCUGGAGUUCAGGGCCUGAAGAGAGCAUCGCUGGCUGGAAUCCAGACUCGGGUGGUGGACCACAAACUGUACGGGAGCCGAGCCGAGUUUGACGGCACCAUCGAUCGCGUGCUCGAAGAGUUCGGGGUGGAGCUGGUGUGUCUGGCUGGAUUCAUGAGGAUCCUCACGGGAACUUUUGUCAAGAAAUGGAACGGAAAGCUACUGAAUAUCCAUCCAUCCCUGCUGCCUUCGUUCAAGGGUGUGAAUGCCCAGAAGCAGGCCCUGCAGGCCGGUGUGAGGGUUGCCGGCUGCACGGUCCACUUUGUAGCAGAAGAGGUGGACGCAGGAGCCAUCAUCGCGCAGGAGGCGGUCCCCGUGCUGAGCAGCGACACAGAGGAGAGUCUGUCGGACAGAAUCAGAGAGGCCGAGCACCGAGCCUUCCCCGCCGCUCUGGAGCUGGUGGCCAGCGGGGCCGUCAGGCUCAGAGAGGACGGACACAUCACGUGGAAGUCAACAUAAAUCCUACUCAACUGUGCUCAGUUUACUUCUGUUACAUAAAACUGGUUUUCUAACACAAAAGAGACACUAACAAGGCAGACUGACGAAUAGAAAACAAGUUUACUGUUUUUAAAUACAUCAGCUAAGGUUACACUAACUUUUUACUAUUCUACUACACUAAGCGUCUUUUCAGAUUGUUAGGUCCAGUUGAGUUUUUUUUUUUUUCUUCAUGGGAUGCUGAAAAUAGAUGAAAUAGUAGCAUUUCAACCUCUAGUGUAAAGAAGCAUCAUACUUGAAAUAAAAAUUACAUUCCAAUUGUACCCUUAGAAAAAGGAUAGAAUAUUGUCUGCACUGGAAUUAACUUCUAAAUUAGAAAAAAAAAAAAAAA